GGAACUCCCCCGGUCCUUCCGCCUGCCCCCGGCCGGGCCCCGCGCGCCCUCCGCCGCGCCCAUGCCGGGCGUUGGGGCGAUCGGAGCGCGGUGCAGGCACCGGCCGCGGAGGAGCCCCCGCGAGAAGCCCGAGGCCAAGCCGGGCGAGGCCGGGGCCGCCAUGGACGCGGCGAUUUGGAUCUACCAGUUCCGGCUGAUCGUGCUGGGCGACUCCACCGUGGGCAAGUCGUGCCUCCUGCACCGCUUCACCGAGGGCCGCUUCCCCGGGCCGCUGCACUCCGACCCCACCGUGGGGGUAGACUUCUUCUCUCGGCUGGUGGAGAUCGAGCCUGGCAAGAGGGUCAAGCUGCAGCUCUGGGAUACGGCGGGGCAGGAGCGCUUCAGAUCAAUAACACGAUCUUACUAUCGCAAUUCUGUCGGCGGCUUGCUGGUCUUCGACAUCACCAAUCGACGAUCUUUUGAACAUGUGAAGGACUGGCUGGAAGAAGCAAAAAUGCACGUGCAGCCCUUUCAGAUUGUAUUUCUGUUAGUUGGACAUAAAUGUGACUUAGUGUCACAGCGUGAGGUUACAAGAGAAGAAGCAGAAAAACUGUCAUCUGACUGUGGUAUGAAAUACAUAGAAACCUCAGCAAAAGAUGCCACAAAUGUCGAAGAGUCCUUUACAAUUCUGACACGAGACAUCUAUGAACUUGUAAAAAAAGGAGAAAUCACAAUACAAGAUGGAUGGGAAGGUGUUAAGAGUGGCUUUGUUCCAAAUGUUGUACAUUCAUCAGAGGAAGCUGUAAAGCCCAGAAGACAGUGCAUCUGCUGAAUUUGUAGCAUGCCAAAGAGCACAUCAGGUGUUCAGAAGAUGACGCCAACCUAAAGCCAGAAUAAUAAUUCUGAAACAAUAUUAGAUCAUGACAUAGCUGAAUCACAGAAUGGUAACUUGCUUUUGUAUCCUUCCAUCUAAUUCAUAACUUCAUAGAAUUUUAAUUUUUUUUUCUUUUAGAGAGUACAAUUACUGUGUGGUCUUCAGGAAAAGAAAUUAUAUAUUGCUAAAGGAAACAUUAAUCCUAUAGCGAGACACAUUGAAAGGGCAAUAAUCAUUAAGACAGCAUCCUCUCUUGGGCUCUGUAUUUUGAGUACAGUUUAAAAACAAGCCUUGCUAGGUGAGGAUGAGACGAGCUUUUUACUUUCAUUCAUUCUGCCUUAGUUUUGAACAGGAAAAUAUCACACCUUCUACUUUUUUAAUGCAAUUCUUUACUCAAGUGCAACAUUGCUUAUCAACAUUAAAGUUUAGUGCAUUGUAGAAUUUCAUAAGAACAAUAACUAAAUAAAGCAAGUUGAAAGAAUGUUCCAAUAGCAUGGAUAUGACUUUUGAUAUGACUAUGAAUACAAGCCUUACUAAAGAAAAAGAAUGUUUUAGAAAAGGUGAUUUAUUUGUAUAUCGAGAAGGGGAAUAGAAGCAAUGAAAUUUAACAAUGAAAUUUACUAUUGAAUAUUUUCUGAAUUUCCAAUGAAACUAAAUGUUUCAUUGUUCACAUGUGUCCAGCUGCUUUUUGAGUCCUGUACAAAACAGGUUACCCAACUACUUGAGUUCCAUUUUGGAAGCCAAGUCCUCAGCUGGAUGAUGAUCACAGCCACACCGAUACCUAAAGAAUUAUGUUAAUUUACACAAGUACGUUCCAUAUUAGCUUUAAAAAAUAGAACUACUUCUAUCUAGAAGUAAAAAUAAAUGUUAAAGUGCUGCAACCUGUGGGGUUCCAGGGUCUGAAUUUUAGCAGAGUAAGGAUUAGUUUGGUCUCAGCCAGUAAAUGUAAAUAAAAGUUUUAAAGCCAAAAUUGUUAGAGCGUUUGAAGAGGAAAGGAUUUCUGAGUUAAUACUUGGCUACAAACAGAAAGCUGGAGAAGCACUAUUCUAAGAGAGCAACACACAGUAGCUUUUAAUAACAAUAAUAAUAGGAAAAAUCUGUGGUCGUGUAGCAUUUUGCUGAGCUUGAGGUCAUCUUCCUACUACUUCUCUGAAUAUAACUUACAGUAGCUUUACACAAACUAUGCCCUAUAUGUGUAGCACUUAAAUACCAAAUAAGUCUAUGUGUUUUUUUUAUCUCUAGUGCUAUAAUAAGAUGACUUGAUCUCCAGAGUUGAUAAGCACCCACAGUUUAUCUGGGCAUACUCAUAACCUCUGAACAUUAAGUCAGUUAUCUUCAUAUGAAGAUAUAUCAGGCUACAGUUCUCUGUUUUUGACACCAGAACAAGUUUAUCUAAUCUUAAUUUUUUCUUCAACAAACAUAGAAUCAGUUUUCCUUCAGAUUACUUUAAGUCUUUUAGCAAUCCUUUUGUAAACAGUAAUGCAAAUUGUUUGAUUCCAGUUAAUUUAUUCAUUUAGGGCCACUAAAGUUAUUGACUUCAAAAGGAACUGAAAGGUUAAUUUUUCAAUAGCCUGAGUCUUACUUGCACUGAGGCCCAGUUAUACUGUCAUAGAAGGGUACAGAGGCCUUAAUAUAAACAGGGAUCAGCCUUAAUUCAUGAGCAAUUAAAACAGUUAGCUAAUUCUAGUCACACCAUGCCACACAGCAAUUGCUGUGAGUCUGAUUCUCUAUUAAACUACACUUUUUAGUCAUUUACAGCAGUUCCAUUUUCGUUUGAGGGUGGUUCAGGCACUCUUUAAGUAAAUGUAAAUGACUACAGAUGCCAAAAGUGAGUGAAGAAUCAGGUUGUGUGCAUCUGAUACUGAUUACCCUAUUGUACCAGACCCAUGUUGUAUAUCUCAAAAGAUUUCUUGGCUGCUUAAGAAUACAGAACAGACCAGUGAAUAAAUCAGAGGCUUAGGAGUCAAUAGACUCAAAGCCUACUUCUGGGUCACUGUGUGUUUCUGAGCAAGGCGUUUGCAUUUUCUGUGCCUCAUCUGUAUCUCAAGAAUUGAGAUAAUCGUUCUUCCUGGCAUUCGCAAGGACCUUUGAGACCCAAUCUGACUGUGUGAUCUCUGGUCUGGGCUCUGUUCCGUGUGUGAUCUCUGUUGUAGAGUGUUUAGCAACAUGGGAUGUGGAUACUGCUUUUUUCUGCCGUACCAAAAAUAAUCAGAGGUGAAAACAGCUGUAUAACUACCAGGUAUUGCUGUUGUUACAAAUCUACAUUUCACAUUACUUUCAAGUUAAAAUCUUUACUUUAAACUUUUCUUCCUGAAUACUCUGAGCUUUUCAUUCAAUGUCAAAAAAUAUCUGCAUAUGUGGGGCUGGCAGGGAAAGAAUAGGGAGAAGGGGUGAGAGGAGAGGAAGCAUGCACAGAGAAAUAAACAGUCAUCAGAACAGAGCCUUAAUGAUCUCAGCUGUGAAUGUUGUACCUCUAGUAUCACAUUUAUUGCAGUGGGAGUGGAAUUUUAACCAGAUUCAACUGUGUAAGGUGCUGGCAUUGCCAGUGCAACGAGAAAAGAAAUUCACUGCUUUUAAAGUACUGUGCACAUAGUGGUCUUAUUUGUAAUUCCUAAAAAUGUAGAUUAACAUGUACAUUCAAAUGUUGUCUAUCUUGAUGAUGUAUUAAACCAAUACUGCACCUUCUCACUACACACUUGCACUUAAUGAAAAUGUCUGAUAAACAGGU